AUGACCGGUGUUAAACGACCUCCCCGCCCGCGCGACCGCCGUGUAAACGACGCUCACGUCAAACUGGGUAUGUCCUCGCAGGGUUCUGUAGUAAAUGGUCGGUGGGUGGCAAGGAACGAAAGAAGAAACCCCUCAGAGUCCCGGAGUGUCCCCCGCAAGGAGCCAAAGUGUAGCUAUCGAUCUGCUCCCCACCAGUUCUUAAUGCCCACUUUGUAG